AUGUCUCGAAAUUCUUAUAUUGAAUUUAAAAUCCAUGCUUUAAAACGUCCGAAAAUUAAUCAUAAUUUAUCAUCUAUUGUUCAAUUUGAUUCAACAACAAUAUCUGACGAUGUUCCACAAGAAUUUAUUUCCACUUUUGAUAAUAGUGCCAUAACAUCUAGUAAUGUUUCUACGUGUACACCUGAACGUUCUAUUCCUGUUCAACCCAAUACUCAUCAUGAUAUUUUUAAAUUUAAAAAACAUUCUCGUAAAUCUGUUGUAUCAUCAGAUCCUAUUGUGAAUAUUUUAAAUAAUAAUUUAAAACGAAUUAUUAUUGAAGAAUCUAAAGCAAAUAAUGAAAAUGGAACUAUUGAUAUACAUACUAUAAAACAAGAUCUUAGUAAUACAUUAGAAAAUGAUGAAAUUUCAAUUGAAAAAGAUGAUAUUAAAAAUGCUGAUUAUAAUGAAGUACCUAUAGAAGAAUUUGGUAUGGCUGCUAUACGUGGUAUGGGUUAUAAUGAAAAUAUUGGUCUUGGUAAAUCAAAUAAAAAACAAAUUAAUAUAUUUAAUCCAGAAAUACGACCUCGUGGACUUGGAUUAGGAGCAGAUCGAGAAGUAUUAGUAAAAAUAAAUAGAUUAAAACGUAAUUUAAAAGAAGCUGGUAUUAAUGAAAAUGAUGAUUUAUAUUUUGAAAAAGGAGCUUUUGUUUUUAUUGAAAAAGGUUCAUAUUCUAAUUUAUAUGGUACGAUCGUAUCGAUUAAUGAAGAUCUUAAUCGUAUUGAUGUUAAAUUAACUACGAAUGAUGAUAUAAAUGAAAUAAUUUCUAUUUCACAAUAUAAUAUUAAAUUAAUGCUUCCUCAAUUGAAAGAUUUUAAUUGGUAUAUUGAUAUGAAAUUAUUAGCAGGUGCUAAUGGUCAACGUAUCCAACAACCAUCAUGUGUUCUUUCUUUAGAUAUAAAUGAUCCAACAAAAUCAGAUGGUGAAAAUGAAAAAUCUGUUCAAAUUGAAUUAUCAAAAGAAACGCUUAACCUUGUCUUGGAUAAUUUUACACGAAUUCGUGAACAACUUAAUAUAUUAGCUAAACGAGAAUAA